AUGGAGACGCACGACACGGCAGGCGGCUGGCGGUUGCAGCUGGCCAGCGACUUGCACCUGGAGGCCUUUGUGGGCUCGUUCGGCCUCACCCGGUUUAAAGAGCUGCUGCUGGAGAAGUACAAUGCGCCUGGGGGCGAGAUCCCUGUGCUAGGCGAGUGCCUGGCGCUGUUGGGAGACAUUGGGUAUCCCACCAGGGACACCUACAGGGAGUUCCUUCUGCAGCAGGCCGAGAGGUUUGAGACCGUGCUCGUGGUGGCCGGCAACCACGAGUUCUACGCUGUGGGCUCAGUCACCCCAGACUACGACGAGACCAAGGCCCGCAUCCGCAGCAUCUGCAGUGAAGCGCCAAAGAACAACCUCCACUUUCUCGACCGAACGAGUCUACUAUCACGAGUAUCGAUCGUCAUGACAUUCAUGACUGUCUACCUCGGCUUCACGCUCCACAGGGCUACCGCAUUCUGGGAUAAAUCAAGCAGCGACUAUAAGAAGAUAUUUGUGAUUGAUGCUGAGACUGGCCAGAAGCGGAAGUCGACCGUGCGAGACUCAGUUGGUUGGCAUGAAGCGGCAUGGCUCAAGGAGGAGUUGGCCAUGGCGGUGGAACGCGGCGAAAAGGUGGUCGUCCUGACGCACCACGCGCCUACUUUCGAAAAGACAUCGAGCCCCAAGUUUACACGGUCGGUGAUGACCAGCAUCUACGCCUCCGAUCUGGCGGCCAUGUUCGGCGACCCCGUCGUGGCCUGGCUCUUCGGUCACACCCAUUGGAGCUCGACGCAGAAGGUGGGCUCUACGUUGGUGGCCAGCAACCAGGCGGGCUACUUCAACGAGGCCGGUUCCACCAACUACGAUCCGUUCUUCUGCCUCUCUUUCCCUCCUUCCUCUUCAUCGGGCCUCCUCACCCUGUCCACCAGCUAA